AUGAUACAAUCCUGGUCAAAGAUUAUAAUUAUCAUCAAUCUAUGCAUUAUUGUUCUUGUAUACCGUACCAUCGAACGACGACCUCGAUAUAUCAUCAGUAUUUCUUCAAAUCAGAACAAUUUGCAUGUUCGCCAAUUCGUGUUUCGACAAGAAUUAAUCCGUCGACAUCUAGCAAGUCAUUCUCGUUUUUAUGAUUAUUCAGCCGGUGUUUGUAAUAUCACUGAUAAUUUACCUCGCGAACGACCACGUAUCUUGAUUAAUAUUUCUGAAUUACUUAUAAAACUUCGUGAACAAAUUGUACUAUAUCCUGAAGAAUAUUUCGAAGGACGAGGCAUCGUGCUUACUGUCGGUUUUGCUCAGACAUCACCUGAAAAAGUCACCUUGAAAAUGAUCGAAUUAAGUGGAACACAGUUGCCCAUACAGCUAUGGUAUUCAUCAUCACAGCGAUCACAUAACUAUAUGAUACAGUUACUUCGUGCAGUACCAAAACUGAAUGCAAGUGUUUGUUGUUUUGAAAUUGCUCAAUGUCAAACUGUGACCAGUGUUUGGAAUCUAAGUGCUACUCAUGUCUAUAAACCUCUUACAUCGAAUCUACCACACAGAUCUUUUCCAUACAAACCUGCUGCUAUAAUUAGUUCUACAUUUGCUGAAGUACUCUUUCUCGAUUGUGAUGCUUAUCUUGUUCGAAAUCCUGAUUAUUGGUUUCGAUCAGAUCCGAUGUAUCUUCAUUUUGGUGCACUCUUCUUUCCUGUUGCUUUUCUUAGUCGACAAUAUCCUGCUGUGUGGAACAUUUUGAAUACUACAUGUGGUCAAAAUGAAUUUGAACUUGAUAGUUCUGUUAUACUCGUCGACAAAACACGUGUAUGGAAAGGACUCUAUAUGACUAAAUUAAUGAAUGAUCAUCAUCAACUCUUCUACGAACAUAUCACCGAUGGUGAUAAAGAUACAUUUCGAUUAAGUUUUCGUUAUAUGCAUGUGAAAUAUUAUUUGGUUAUGAUUCCAUGUUCAGUAAAUAGAGAAUAUUUAAUCUAAUAUCAUUCAUUAGUUUCUCACUCGUUGAUAGACUGGCUCUUUUAAUGGUACUCAUUUUGCUGGCUAUACACUUUGUAAGACAGAUAGUUUGGCACAGCAUAUAUACGUUAAGUAUGAGAAUAUGGUUCUUUUUUUUUAUUUAACUUUUUUAUUCUAUGUUUUAUUCAUUUCCAUUUGUUUAAAUAUUUAAGAAUUCCUCAAAAUUCGGACACUUUAGGCUUUACACGUAUCGGUAUUGGUGAUCCAAACAAUCAUUCUUUCGUUUUUCAACAUUGUUCCAUCUCUGCAGGUCCAUAUACUUUUCAUAUUGAGAAAGAGAUCAAUCGAAGUAGAAACUUGCAUAGUUGCAUCGAUAGACAAAUUUCAUCUGACGAAAUUGAAAAUUACACUUACGCAUAUGACGAAUCCCUCAUCUCCGAUUGGUCUCGAUAUGAUCGUGUAAUGAUUACGGAAACAAACAGUGUGAUGCCACAUUUUCUCAAGAAUUGUUUCGAAACUUCAUCAGCAUAUAUUUCUUUGUUUACACGGAAAAUCAAUGAAUAAUAUGGCAAAAUCACUUGAUCGAUUCUUUCUUCUUUUUCUAUUGACUUCUAUUACUCUUGUCAACAUGAUUGCUUUUAUGCUAUUGUAUAGAGAAGUAAUAAGAUAAUCAUUUUUAUAUUCAUCUUCUUUUCUCUGACAUUUCGACGGUUUGAUUAUUAUAUGACUUGACUUUGCAAGUGAUUCAAAUUCGAAUUGUUUCUUUAAUAGAUGGUUAUUUUUGCGAAUAUUUAUCGUCUAUGAUCUUUCGUUUUGAAUAUGUAAUUAUUUAACCGCUUGUUCCUGAAAUAGAGUCAGUGUGACUCUGAGCGUUAGCAGAAGAAUUUUCCACACCUACACCUUCGUACAUGUACAUGCACGAUUUUAGACGCCAUCCAAUCAAUCACGAAAGUCUUGAAAACGCAUGAAGUUCUAAGAGACUCGUAUGUACAUGCAGAAUAUUGAUCCUAUCUAUGAAUUUCAUGUGUGCACAUGCAAUAUAGUAUUGGACACAUAUGCAGGUGAGCCAAAUCACGAGCAUCUAAGCGUUACUUGUCAGAUUUUUCUUUCAAGCAUGCAUUUACUCAUAAUCAUUUUCGACUUGUAAGACUUUGGACAGAAAACCGUGGAACGAUCAUGCGAGGAUUUAGAAUCGCGAGUAAACUUUACUUGAAUUGACAUGUAAUAUGGGGGAUAAAUUUCAGAAUGUCCACGUCUACAGGCGAGUACAUAAACGUGCAGAUGACCCAUUUCUACCCAAAAUCCGUGCUGUCUCUCUACCAAUAUAUUGUCGCACGCAGAAACUUAGGAUUUAGUCAACAUUCAUACAAGAUGCUUCAUAAGUCUUGGGACGCGACGUAAUUCAUUUAUACAGGGUGUCCCAAAAAUAAUGAUCACUUAACAAAUGGAUAUAAC